AUGUCUGGUCAAACACACUCGGCACCUGGCCCCGCGCGUCGAAAUCGGUGGCCUUCGACGAUCUCCCAGUCGCCUUCCGCCUCCAGCCAGGCCAUUCUGCCUCCACAAGAAUCGAGUAGUUCCUAUUUUGCCACCCGUAUGAUAUUCCCCGAGAAUGCGGGACACUUUGAGACGUCAGGGACUGGGCAGGCAGAUUUUCGAGAUAUUGAGACAUUGGGGCAAUGGCCCAGUCCUUCUCCGCCUCUAACACAGGGUCCCCUCGCAUCCGGCUCGCACAUGCCUCAUGGCACUCUACCAUCGAAUGGGACACAUCAUUCCAUAGGGUCUGCGAUCCACCCCGCCAUUCUUCCGACCACCGAUCCAUCGAGGACCCUCAUGUGUUCCUGCGCAUUUGAUACUCCGUCAGCAUGCUACGUUCACUGUCCGUUGGAAACUCUAUACAGUGCUUACAAAGCACUGCCUCACCGAGAUCCUCUCGCUCUUCAACUCCUGGCUCGGGUGUUCACGGAUCCACAGCGUAAUUAUCCACCCGAAAUUGCACCCACAGAACCGCCUCCGGCGAACAAACUCUGUCUGGAACGUAUAGGGAUCCCGAACCCGUGCUGCUGCAAUAGCGGCCAACUAUCCCAAAUGAAGCACCCGACCAGACAUUUGCAAUCCAACACGCAUAUUAGGGAAUACUCCUUUGAGGUUCAAGACACCUUUGAGUUCGAGUACUGUGGCAAUUUCCACCUUUGUCCGAACGGCUAUUUCGUGGGCCGACCAGGUCAGGUCGACGCCAGGCACCGAAAGACGAAGAAGGGAGACGAAUAUUCCACCUGCCGCGCAAUGAGACCUGUCGUGAUCAAGGGACUCCCAAAAGCGGUGACGUUCCCAGGGUUCGGCACCAUACUGUACCUUCCCGGAGAGACCGUUCCAGCCGCAUAUGCCGACCGAUGGCGUUUCUUUACUUUAAGUGAUCAAGAUGAGAAGGCAAAGUGCAGCGAUAAAAAGCACGCGGGAACGUCGUCAUACAACGACUGGAAGACGAUCAGGGAGGCAGACCUUCCUCCUGAGCUACGCUCGGAGAACAUGACCGCGAGACCGUCUUCUCAGGGAACCGCUCCAGCAGAGAAUAGCCCAGUGGUAUUCUCUCCCUUCACACCACACAUUGGCGAAGAUCUCGUAGCUCUGUAUACCUCUGCAUCAUCCCCGCCCUUGGUCUUGCCGUCUGCUGACAUGCCUAGCGGAGCGUUAUCUCAUACAGUUCCUGUUCCUCAGGUCUUUAGCCUACACAUCACCCUCUACAUCGUCAAUGACUCUAUCGCCAGCGCUUGGCAGCUCAGCUACCUCCACUGCUCGUGGAUCAGAAACGCCGAAAUUCCACUUUGA